GGUUCGAGUUGCGUUACUCUGAUGUUUUCUGGUUAAUAUUCAUGCCUUAGGUCACUGGCGACAAAUCGGCGCUCGGUGAGGUUUUGGAAGGCGUAUAUCUUAUGAAAAUGUAACAUUUGAGCUGAAUACCGUUGAGCAUGGAGAUAAGGUGUUGUUUUUAGUACUUAUGCUACCACUACAUUUCUGGUAGAUUUAACAGUAACGGAAGAUAGACCGCAUUAAAACAGCAGCGCUUCAGUGUUCAUUCUUUCUUUUCAUGAUAAGAUUAAAGUGUGAGAAUUAUGUCCGAACCGACGACGGUCACUCUGGCUAUUGCACCUAGCAGUGGUCCGCAGAAAUCCUUCCCUUUUGUUUUAAAGAAAAUAAUGGACAUCCCACCACCCAACAUCCUAGAGGAUCGGGAUGACGAGCUAGAGAAGGAGAAGCUGAGCCCUGCCGAUGCUGGGGAUGGAGAGCCCGGUGGGGGCCGAGGGGGCGGGAGCGGUGGGUCUGGCGGCGCAGGUGGUAUUUCAGCCUCCCUUACCCCUGCCAUCUGGGAGAAGACCAUCCCCUACGACGGGGAGAACUUCCACCUGGAGUACAUGGACCUGGACGAGUUCCUCCUGGAAAACCGAAUCCCCAUCGCUCUGGAGGAGGAGCUACAGAGGAGCCUGGAACCGGAGCGCCGUAGCCAUGAGGCUCCAGAGACCUCCACGGUGGCCCCGGAGAUGGCUGAGGGAAAAGCAGGUGCUAAAGAAGUAGAGAAUGUGAAAGAAGACAAGGAAGAGAAAGGUGAUGCAGCUGAACUGCAGGUGAUGGAAAAUGCUACAAUGGUCAAAGAUGACUCAGAACGCGUGGCCGCAUCCCCGGUCAGCCCAGAGGAAAUUGAGGUUACCGUGAACUUCCAGCCAGAUCCGACAGACCUGGUUCUGUCCAGCAUUCCGGGUGGGGAGCUCUUCAACCCACGCAAGCACCGCUUCACAGAAGAGGAACUGAAGCCUCAGCCCAUGAUCAAAAAGGCCAAGAAAGUGUUUGUCCCUGCAGAGGCCAAGGACGAUAAGUACUGGUCGAGGAGGAAGAAGAACAACAUGGCGGCGAAGCGUUCACGGGACGCGCGGCGUCUGAAGGAGAACCAGAUAGCCGUGCGUGCCGCCUUUUUGGAGCGGGAGAAUGCCGCGCUCCGGCAGGAAGUGUCCGACCUGCGCAAAGACUGCAGCCGCUGCAAGAAAAUCAUGGCCCUCUACGAGUCCCAGUACGGCCCCCUGUAAGGGACAAACUUCACCAAGAUGCACACCAGAUUAAAACAAUACAAAACCACCAAACUCCCUACUAUUCACACAGUUCCAGAUUACAGUGGACGGGGAUUGUGGGUAAAUUAGGUGUGGGACAGCCAUGGUGAUGUGAAGAGCGGCUUGCUCAGACACUUGCACACAGCUCUGGUGUUUGCUUUUUUUUUUUUUUUUUUUGAACGCACAAGGUUCAAAUGCAGUAAAAAAAAAAACAAAAACAAAAAAAAAACUAAACUGGAACCCACAAAAAGGUGUGGCCCUCAGACAUUGUUGGAGAGACCACCCUAGAGUCUCAACUGGAUCCAGCAAAACCAGACAAGCAGGAAACAUAAGGCAGAACUCGCACAGAACGUUGUCACGGAGACGGAGUAACACAACCACACACCGAGCCAAAGCAUGAAGCCCUACUAAUCCUAGUGACCCCUCCUAACCUUUUACCUUUCACCUUCCCAUGUUCUUGGAGCAUGGGCAGCUGACUCUCUCUCCGCUCCAGCAAAGCCUUGUACACAUGCAUGGCCGUCAGCGGCGUGGGAAAGGCGAGCUUGUUGAUUUAUUCGCGGCGAGCGAGAGAGGGAGACUGUCUGCUAUGUGAGCUGGAGGCGGGAGCGGAAAAGUGUCCAUCAUGAGCUGAGCGAUAAAGGACACAGUAAGUGGUGCAGUUUGGAGGAGCACGAGUGUGUUCCAGCCACAGCAAGUGUGACCUCUACCUUCUUCUCUUCCAGCUCCUGUGUUUGUGAGAAAUGCAUGUUGUCAAGUGUGUGUGUGCGUGGGUGUGUGUGUGUUUCAUUUUCCCUUGAGUUUGCACUCAGUAUAAAGUGUUUUUGUGUGUACUGUGUGAUUAGCAGUAAAUGUUUUUUUUUUUCAGCACAGAUAGAAGCAUGAGUCUCAGUCUAGAAGCAAUGCUUUUCUCCUGUGCCACACAAACAUCACCGGUGACAGCUACCUUUGGACACUGCGAUGAUGGUAGGGCAGAGUAGGGAAAAGACUGUUAUUCUUCCCAAGGUCUAUGGGCUGCAGGUUCCACACACACACACACACACACACACACACACACACACACAAAAGUCUGUACCAGCACAUGCACCUGCAGUACAUCAGGGAUCUUCAAACUCUGGACACUGAAGUCCACUAGACAUUCAUUCUACAUUGACAGUAAUGGGACUUUAUGGCUUUCAGUCCUUUCAAGAGAAAGGAUAAACUAGAGGUUUUUUUUAAAGAUUGUGAUUGUGGUUCUUCCUGUAGUUCUUGGUCCUCAGCUCAGUGCUGAGGAGCUGGGCGGGGCAAAGACAGCAGCCCUGCUCUACAUUUGUGCAGUAAUGCUGCUGGCCUGAUCCUUGGUCCACAGGGAGCAGCUCCGCCUCCAGCUCUGCCUCCAGCUCCGCCCCUGUGCAUAUACCUGUUUCCGCCCCAGCACAGCUCUGUUGCUCCAAACCGUUGUCUCCUUCCACAGUUGUUACAGUGAAUAGACCGUUUCUGUUGUGAUGAUUUUUAACUGUGAGUGUUCUUCACUGUUAACAAUACCCAGUGAUUCUGUCCUACUGUACUGCAUCUUAUUAGUGAUGUUUGCACCAGUAUUUUUAAAUAAAAACAUAUAUAGCUGUAUAUAGAUAUCAAAUCUUUGAAGAAAGAGUAUAUACUUACUGAGUUACUGGGCAGGGAUAGGUAAGCAAAAAUUGGUUUUCUGGUCAGUUGUCGACCAGUGGUCUGGACGUUUUUUGUUUUGUUUUGUCAGAACGUUUAAAAGCAGGGCAAUACAGCGCCAUUCAUGUUUACCUCGUUUCAUGCUUCUGUUCUUAAAUACUAUUGACAGGGUUUUCCUACUGGACAAUAAUACAGCUCUCCUACAGGGGGUGCUAUGUAGAUACACAGACAGCUCAGCCCAACUUUAAAGCUGAGGGAGUGAAUGUUUGAGCAAUAAAAUGCCCGUUUUUUAAAAAAUCAUAGCUUAAUUAAAAAUCAUUUCUACACAGAAAAGACUUCUGAAAUUUCAGAGAUUAUCCAUCACGGGUGGAACGUUUCCAAGGUCUCCUUGUUUUGCAUGCAAAUGGCAUCUAAUUGAAGUUUAGAAAUUACAUUAAAGGUCCGAUAAGCUGUUACUGAUAAACUUUUACUGAGGUAAACAGGUCGAUAAAUGUCUUUGGAAAUACACACAAAAAAACACACAAAGUGUACUUAAAAUCUCAUAGCUACAAUGAGUAGCAUGAAAUACUGAUGAAAUACUCUGAACUGCAACAAAGGCUCUAUCAAAAAGUCGGAUGCGUCCCAGGUUGCUCGGUUUGUCCGAAACUGAUUGUGCCACACAGUUCCACAUAGGAAAAAGACGAUAUGACCCAAUGCUCCUGGUUUCUCUAAAUUAUAAUGAUGCCGUGUAGACCGUUGACCACAGCAUGCAGUCUGCCUCAGUCUGUUGCAUAUUCUACUCCAAAUCUUCUCGUUCUGGCAAUGCAGCUCCAUCAUGGUCUCUGUAAGUACAGCCAUCAGUAUAACGAUGGUAGGAGCCUCCCAAAGUUUUGUUUGUUUGAUCACUUCACUGUUUAUUAGAGCACACAUGUCUCAUCCUUAACUAUCACCAACCUAUUAAUCUGUAUUCCUGACUCCAGCAUUUAAUAUACUUGACCAUUCUUUUCUUAGGUUUUAUUCAUACUGUUCAAUUCUGACAAAAACAUAGAUAUAAUGGACAUUUGAAUGAGUUAUUAGGGAUUUAUUUUUUGUUUGUUUGUUGUGAAAUAUGCCCUUUCAUUUACAUUUUAUUUGUUGAUGUGUGGUGAUAGUCAUAAUGCAGACAAAGAACCUCUCUGUGGACAUAUACCUAAAAAUUAUGAAGAAAACCUUUCUUGUACCCAACUAUGGACAUGUAGCAGUCAGAGGUUUGUUUUCUGUAUGCAUUGUUUUAGCCAAAAAUAUUUGUUUUAAAAACCAGUACACCUUUUUAAAAGUGACUUGUUUAUGUAUAUAUGAAGAGGCUUUUCUUCCUGGUAAGUAGGGGUAUUGUGAAAUGCAACAUGUCCUAAAUGUGUCCUGUAUAAUAAAGUGGAAUUGAAAUUCA